GCCGCGCAGCCGCCCUUUCUUCUCUCCCGCCGGCGCGCCGGGAUCCGCGCCUUGCUUCGCCCCCGCCCUGGAGUCCGUCGUGCGCACGCGCGGACCGAGUGGCCGCCUCCGCCCCUCGCAGGGCUCGCGGCUGGGUUCGUGUCCGGCGCCCGGGCAGAUACUGUGGGAGACGUCCGGGAGCCGGUGAACCGAGCGCUCUCGAGGGAGGGCGCGGGAGGUCGGGCGCUGGAAGAAGGACCGCGGGGGGCGGCUGCCGUGUCCACCGCGGCUGCGGAAAAUGGUGUUCGAGUCGGUGGUCGUAGACGUGUUGAACCGGUUCUUGGGGGACUAUGUGGUGAACCUGGACACGUCCCAGCUCACUCUGGGCAUCUGGGGAGGAGCUGUGGCCUUGAAGAAUCUUGAAAUUAAAGAAAAUGCUCUGAGUCAACUGGAUGUACCUUUUAAAGUUAAAGUUGGUCAUAUAGGUAAUCUUAAUCUUACAAUUCCAUGGAAAAACCUGUAUACUCAACCAGUUGAAGCUUUCCUGGGAGACAUUUAUUUACUCAUAGUGCCUUCUUCUAAAAUAAAAUAUGAUCCUUUAAAAGAAGAAAAACAACUCUUGGAAGCAAAACAACAUGAACUUAAACGAAUAGAAGAAGCAAAACAAAAAGUAGCUGAUCAAGAUAAACUUCGGGUGGAGAAACAAGACACUUUUACAGAAAAAUUAAUUACUCAGAUCAUAAAAAAUCUUCAAGUGAAAAUUUCCAACAUCCAUAUUCGUUACGAGGAUGACAUCACAAAUCGAGACAACCCGCUAUCAUUUGGUAUUUCCCUUCAAAAUCUCAGCAUGCAGACAACUGAUCAAAACUGGGUUCCAUGUUUACAUGAUGAAACUGAGAAACUGUUUCGUAAGUUAAUCCGAUUGGACAACCUUUUUGCCUAUUGGAAUGUGAAGUCUCAGUUGUUUUACCUUAAUGAUUAUGAUGAAUCAUUGGACAGCUUGAGGAAGGGCAUUGUCUAUCGAAAUAUUGUUCCGGAAGGUUAUGAUUUUGUGUUUCGCCCCAUAUCUGCUAAUGCCAAACUUCAGAUGAAUCGGCGAUCAGAUUUUGACUUCUCUGCCCCCAAGAUAAACCUGGAAGUUGAGUUACAUGACAUAGCAAUUGAAUUUAAUAAACCACAGUAUUUCAGUGUUAUGGAGCUUCUUGAAUCAAUUGAUAUGAUGACGCAAAAUCUGCCAUACAGGAAGUUCAAACCUGAUGUACCUCUUCACUAUCAUGCCAGAGACUGGUGGGCUUAUGCUAUACAUGGUAUUCUUGAAGUGAAUGUCUGCCCCCGGUUACGGAUGUGGUCAUGGAAGCAUAUUAGAGAACACAGGCAAAAAAUGAAGCAGUAUAAAGAACUGUAUAAAAAAAAGAUAACAACUAAGAAGCCAGCUGGUGAAAUUCUCAUCUCUUUGGAGGAGUUGGAAAAGACCUUGGAUGUAUUUAAUAUAACUAUAUCAAGACAACAGGCAGAAGUGGAGGUAAAGAAAGCUGGAUAUAGGAUUUUCAGGGAAGGAGCAAAAGAUUCAGAGGAAAACAAAGGAUGGUUUAGCUGGCUGUGGAGUUGGUCAGAACCAAAAAGUAAAGAACAACCAGAUGUUAAGCCUGGAAUUCUUGAAGAAAUGUUGACAUCUGAAGAAAAAGCUUUACUCUAUGAAGCAAUUGGCUAUAGUGAAACAGCAGUUGAUCCAACCUUACCAAAAACAUUUGAAGCCAUGAAGUUCUUUGUUCACUUGAAAAGUAUGUCUGUUGUUCUAAGAGAAAAACGAGGGACACCUGAACUGUUAGAUAUUGUAGUGGAAGAAUUUAGCACUUUGAUUGUGCAAAGACCAGGAGCACAAGCCAUUAAAUUUGAAACCAAAAUUGAUUCAUUUCAUGUUACUGGCUUACCAGAUAAUUCGACAAAACCCCGCCUCCUGUCUUCAUUGGAUGAUGCUACAUCACUCUUCCAAAUUAUAUUUGAAAUAAAUCCUUUAGAUGAAACUGUUGCUCAGAGGUGUAUCAUAGAAGCUGAACCUUUAGAAAUGAUAUAUGAUGCAAGAACAGUAAAUAGUAUAGUGGACUUCUUCAGACCUCCAAAAGAGGUAAAUCUAGCACAGCUCACAUCAGCAACUUUGACAAAACUUGAAGAAUUUCGUGACAAGACAGCAACAGGUCUACUAUAUAUUAUUGAAACACAGAAAGUUCUUGAUCUCAAAAUUAAUUUGAAGGCUUCAUAUGUUAUUAUCCCACAAGAUGGAAUUUUUAGCCCUACAUCAAAUCUUCUUCUUUUGGAUCUUGGUCAUCUAAAGGUGACAAGUAAAAGUCGUUCGGAAUUGCCGGAUAUGAAACCAGGUGGGGCCAGUCUUGAAGAGAUCAUGCAGAGAGCUUAUGAUUCCUUUGAUGUUCAGCUUACAAGCAUACAGCUGCUUUACAGCACAGUUGGUGAUAAUUGGAGAGAAGCACGAAAACUCAAUGUAUCUACACAGCAUGUUUUGGUACCUAUGCACUUCAAUGUGGAGCUCUCGAAGGCCAUGGUUUUCAUGGAUAUUAGGAUGCCUAAAUUCAAGAUUUUUGGAAAGUUACCACUGAUUUCUUUACGAAUCUCAGAUAAAAAACUGCAAGGAAUUCUGGAAUUGAUUGAAAGCAUUCCGAAACCCACACCUGCAACUGAAACAUAUGCCCCUGCCAAACCAUUUCAGAUGCAAAGGUCCACCUCUGUGGGAACAACACAGAUUUCACAGAAAAUGCUUCCUUUCUUGGAACUUCCAUGUGUUGAUGAUGAUUCAGAGGAAGAAUUUUUCGAUGCACCGUGUAGUCCCUUGGAUGAACCUCCUCAAUCUCCCUCUGAACUUCAAAGUUAUCAGCCGAAGAAGUUUCAAAAGCUGUAUUGUUCAAAAAAUAUGAUUCAGUGUAAAAUAAGAUUUGAAGUGCCAGAGGUUUUGAUUCAGUUUUAUCACCUUGUUGGAGAUUGUGAACUACCUGUGGUAGAGGUUGAUGUUUUAGGGUUGGGCACAGAUGUGGAAUUUAGAACAUUUGAUUUGAAAGCGAAUGCCUUUUUGAAAGAGUUCUGCCUAAAAUGCCCAGAAUACUUUGGUGCAAACAAGAAACCAAUUUAUUUGAUUACAACACUGGAUAAUACUAUGGAAGAUCUGCUAACCUUGGAAUAUGUGAAGGCUGAAAAGAAUCUACCCAACUUGAAAAGUGCUUACAACAAUGCUCUGCAACUGAUUAAGGUGAAUUUUUCCUCUUUGGAUAUUCAUUUGCAUACCGAAGCACUUCUGAAUACAAUAAAUUAUUUUAAUAAUAUACUUCCACAAUUGGAAGAAAAACCAGCCCCAGUGUCUGUUGCAGAGACUGAAGACAAAGGAGAGGUCAUUAAAAAAAUGUCUUUAAAACUACCCAAGAACGAGGAUAUUAUUACCUUGCAGAUUUUAGCAGAAUUAUCUUGUUUACAGAUCUUUAUUCAAGAUCAGAAACGUAACAUUGCUGAAAUUAAGAUUGAAGGGCUUGAUUCUGAGAUUAUUAUGAGGCCUGCUGCGACUGAAAUAAAUGCAAAGCUAAGGAAUAUAAUUGUUUUGGAUUCUGAUAAGACAGCUGUGUACAAAAAGGCUGUUUACAUCACUGGAAAAGAAGUGUUUAGCUUCAAAAUGAUUUCUUUUGUGGAUGCAACUGCUGGUUCUGCAUACACAGAUAUGAAUGUGGUUGACAUUCAAGUUAAUUUAACUGUUGGUUGCAUUGAAGUAGUUUUUGUCACAAAAUUUCUUUAUUCUAUAUUGGCUUUUAUAGAUAAUUUUCAAGCAGCUAAACAAGCCUUGGCUGAGGCUACUGCUCAGGCUGCAGGAAUGGCUGCUACUGGUGUGAAAGAACUGGCACAGAGGAGUUCUAGAAUGGCGCUGGAUGUUAACAUCAAAGCCCCAGUGGUGGUCAUCCCACAGUCUCCAGUUUCUGAAAAUGUUUUUGUUGCUGAUUUUGGACUAAUAACAAUGACAAACACAUUCCAUAUAAUAACAGAGAGCCAGAGUAACCCCCCACCUGUUAUUGAUCUGAUAACAAUAAGGCUGAGUGAAAUGCGGCUGUACAGGACUCAAUUUCUUGAUGAUGCAUACCAGGAAGUACUAGAUCUGCUAUUACCAUUAAAUCUUGAGGUGAUUGUUGAGCGAAAUUUAUCUUGGGAGUGGUACCAGGAAGUUCCUUGUUUUAAUAUAAAUGCUCAGCUAAAGCCCAUGGAGUUCAUUCUUAGUCAAGAAGAUAUAACAACUAUUUUUAAAACAUUAUAUGGCAAUAUAUGGUACGAAGAAGGUGGUGGUGCCUCACCUGCAGGAGUAAAAGAUCAGAAUAGUGUUAAUAGUGGGGCUACUAAUGCUUCCCACCAUUUAGAAGGAACAACUGUAGUGACUGCUGCUGUGGUAGAAAUCCAUUCACAGGCCUCUCAAGUUAAGACAACACUGAAUAUGAGCUUCAGAACCGACUAUCUCACCAUGGUUCUGUACAGUCCGGGUCCUGACCAGACUUCCUUUGUAGAUGUUCGUGAUCCUUCUCUGAAACUUGCUGAAUUUAAGUUGGAGAAUAUCAUAAGCACUGCAAAAAUGUAUACAGAUGACUCAACAUUUUCUUCCUUUUCAUUAAAAAACUGUAUUUUAGAUGAUAAAAGGCCUCAUGUCAAGAAGGCAACUCCUAGAAUGAUAGGACUGACAGUUGGGUUUGACAAAAAGGACAUGAUGGAUGUCAAGUACAGAAAAGUCAGAGAUGGUUGGACAAGUGACUUAGUCCUUCAAGAGAUGUAUAUUUGUGCAAGUGUGGAAUUUCUGCUGACAGUUGCAAAUGUCUUUCUUGAGGCCUACACCACAGGCACUGCUGUAGAAACCAGUGUUCAAACAUGGACUGCUAAGGAAGAAGUACCUGUACAAGAAUCAGACAAAUGGGAAAUUAAUAUUAUUAUUAAAAAUCCCGAAAUUGUGUUUGUGGCUGAUAUGACAAGAAGUGAUGCUCCUGCCUUAGUCCUUACAACACAAUGUGAAAUUUGUUGGAAAGGUGACCUUGAGAACAAUACAAUGACUGCUGCCAUUAAAGAUCUUCAAGUGAGAGCAUGCCCAUUCCUUCCAGUCAAGAGAAAAGGCAAAAUCACUACGGUUUUGCAGCCCUGUGACUUGUUCUAUCAAGCUACUCAAAUAAGUACAGAUCCACAAGUGAUUGAUAUAUCAGUCAAGUCCCUCACACUAAAGGUUUCUCCAGUUAUCAUAAAUACUGUGAUUACCAUAACAUCAGCACUGUAUACAUCCAAGGAUACCAUCCCACCAGAAACUACUUCUUCUGCAGCUCAUUUAUGGGAAAAGAAGGAUACGAAGAAUUUAAAAAUGUGGUUUCUUGAAGAACCAAAUGAAACUGAAAACAAAGCUCCCACAACUGAAUUGGUACUCAAAGGAGAGAUGAUAAAAGUGAAUGUUGAUUCUAUUUUUAUAGUUCUUGAAGCUGGAGUUGGUCAUAGAACAGUGCCUAUGCUGUUGGCAAAGUCACGUUUUUCAGGGGAAGGGAAAAACUGGAGUUCCUUGAUAAAUCUCUACUGUCAGCUUGAACUAGAAGUGCAUUAUUAUAAUGAAAUGUUUGGUGUAUGGGAGCCUUUGCUUGAACCCUUAGAAAUUGAUCAGACUGAGGAUUUUAGACCAUGGAAUCUUGGAAUCAAGAUGAAAAAGAAAGCAAAAAAGGCCAUUGUUGAAUCAGAUACUGAAGAAGAAAAUUACAAAGUGCCAGAAUAUAAAACUGUUAUAACUUUCCAUUCAAAAGACCAGCUGAACAUUACAUUAUCCAAAUGUGGCCUUGUAAUGUUAAAUAAUUUAGCCAAGGCUUUUACAGAAGCUGCCACUGGAGCUUCAACCGUCUUCAUACGGGAUCUAGCGCCAUUUAUGAUUUUAAAUUCUCUUGGACUUACUGUCUCUGUUUCACCAAGUGAUUCAUUUAGUGUACUUAACGUUCCAUUGGCAAAAUCAUACAUAUUGAAAAAUGAGGAGAGUUUAAGUAUGGACUAUGUGGGAACUAAAGACAAUGAUCAUUUCAAUGCAAUGACCAGCCUAAGCAGUAAACUCUUCUUCAUUCUUCUCACACCUGCUAACCACUCUACUGCUGAUAAAAUUCCUUUAACAAGAGUGGGACGACGACUGUACACUGUAAGACACAGAGUGUCUGGAGUUGAAAGAUCUAUUGUUUGUCAAGUUGAUGGAGUGGAAGGAAGUAAGAAGAUAACAAUUCGCUCCCCAGUGCAGAUUAAAAAUCAUUUUUCAAUCCCACUUUGUGUUUACGAAGGGAAUACUUUAUUGGGAACGGCUUCUCCUGGAAGUGAAUUCAACCUACCAUUAACAUCUUACCGAUCACCCCUUUCUCUGAAGCCAGAAGAUGAGGACUAUCAAGGGUGUGAAAGAAUUGACUUUGAAGAAAUUAUAAAAAAUGAUGGCACUUUUCUAAAGAAGAAAUGUAGAUCUAAAAACACUGCUAAGAAACCGUUUAUCAUUCAUGUUGUCCCAGAAAAAGAUGAUUUGGCUUCUCUGUCAGUGUAUUCAGAAGAUGGCUGGGACUUACCAUACAUAAUGCAUUUGUGGCCACCUAUCCUGCUCCGAAAUCUUCUUCCUUAUAAAAUUGCUUAUUAUAUAGAGGGGAUUGAACAUAAAGUUUAUACUCUAAAUGAAGGACAUUCAGCCCAUAUUUGUACUGUGCAGUUGGAAAAAGCCAAACUACAUUUAAAAUUACUUGACUAUCUUAAUCAUGAUUGGAAAAGUGAAUAUUAUAUAAAACCUAACCAACAAGAUAUUAGUUUCAUCAAUUUUACCUGUGUUACGGAAAUAGAAAAGACUGAUUUAGAUAUUGCUAUCCAUGUGACUUACAAUACCGGCCAGACAGUUGUGGCAUUUCAUAGUCCUUACUGGAUGGUCAAUAAAACCAGUCGGAUGUUACAGUAUAAGGCAGAUGGAAUUCACCGAAAGCAUCCACCUAAUUAUAAGAAGCCAGUUCUGUUUUCUUUUCAACCAAAGCACUUUUUUAAUAAUAAUAAGGUUCAGCUUAUGGUAACUGAUAGUGAAUUGUCAGAUCAGUUUUCAAUUGAUACUGUUGGUAGUCAUGGAGCUGUUAAAUGUAAAGGCCUGAAAAUGGACUAUCAAGUUGGUGUCACUAUAGACCUCAGCAGUUUUAACAUCACCAGAAUUGUGACAUUUACUCCUUUUUAUAUGAUUGAAAAUAAAAGCAAAUAUCAUAUAUCAGUGGCUGAACAGGGAAAUGAUAAAUGGCUCUCUCUUGAUUUGGAGCAGUGUAUCCCUUUUUGGCCAGAGGAUGCUUCUAAUGCACUUCUUAUUCAAGUUGAAAGAAAUCAAGGCCCUCCCAAAAAGAUACAUUUUAACAAGCAAGCAAAUUGUAUUUUAUUGCGUCUGGAUAAUGAGCUUGGAGGUAUUAUAGCAGAAGUUAAUUUAGCUGAGCAUUCUACGGUUAUUACAUUUUCAGAUUAUCAUGAUGGAGCAGCUCCCUUCCUAUUAAUAAAUCACACUAAGAGUGACAUUGUUCAGUACAAUCAAAGUUCCCUCAGUGAAAUAGAAGAUUCCCUCCCUCCCGGAAAAGCAGUAUUUUAUACUUGGGCUGAUCCAGUGGGCUCUAGAAAGCUGAAGUGGAGAUGUGGAAAAAGCCAUGGUGAAGUAACACAAAAGGAUGAUAUGAUGACACCUAUAAAUUCGGGGAAAAAGACGAUUUAUUUAGUUUCAUUCUUUGAAGGCUUACAGCGCAUUAUUUUAUUCACUGAAGAUCCAAGGGUAUUCAGAGCAACAUAUGAAAGUGAGAAAGCAGAGUUAGCAGAGCAAGAAAUUGUGUUGGCCUUACAAGAUGUUGGAAUUUCUCUCGUCAACAAUUACACAAAGCAGGAAGUAGCCUAUAUUGGCAUUACAAGUUCUGAUGUGGUUUGGGAGACAAAGCCCAAGAAGAAGGCAAGAUGGAGGCCAAUGAGUGUAAAGCACACUGAGAAGUUAGAGAAAGAAUUUAAAGAAUAUACUGAAUCUUCACCUGCAGAAGAUAAGGUUAUCGAAUUGGACACUAACAUUCCGGUUCGCUUUACACCUAGUGGUACUAACAUGAAAAUUCUGCAGCCACAUGUAAUAGCUAUAAGAAGAAAUUAUCUUCCAGCAUUAAAAGUAGAAUAUAGCACAUCUGCACAUCAGUCAUCAUUUAGAAUUCAAGUUUACAGAAUACAGAUCCAAAACCAGAUACAUGGUGCUAUAUUUCCAUUUGUGUUUUAUCCAAUUAAACCUCCCAAGUCGGUCACCAUGGAUUCAGCUCCAAAGCCCUUUACAGAUGUCAGUAUUGUCAUGAGAUCUGCAGGGCAUUCCCAGAUAUCACGUAUUAAGUAUUUCAAGGUGUUGAUCCAAGAAAUGGACCUCAGGUUAGAUCUUGGAUUUGUCUAUGCGUUAGCAGAACUUAUGACAGAAGCCGAAGUGACUGAAAAAACUGAGGUUGAACUUUUUCAUAAAGAUAUAGAAGCUUUCCAAGAAGAAUAUAAAACAGCUUCAUUAGCAGAUUCAUCACAAGUCAGUCUCUAUGAAUACUUCCAUAUAUCUCCUAUCAAGUUGCAUUUAAGUGUUUCACUGAGGUCGGGCAGAGAAGAAGCUAAAGAUUCAGAACAACAGGAAGGACUCGUGGCCGUUCGCUCUUUAAAUCUUCUGCUGAAGAGUAUUGGUGCCACCCUUACAGAUGUACAAGAUGUAGUUUUUAAGCUUGCAUUUUUUGAGCUGAACUAUCAGUUCCAUACAGCAUCUGAACUACAGUCUGAAGUAAUAAGACACUAUUCAAAACAGGCCAUUAAGCAAAUGUAUGUACUCAUUCUUGGACUUGAAGUUUUGGGAAAUCCCUUUGGCUUGAUUAGAGAAUUUUCUGAAGGUGUGGAAGCAUUUUUUUAUGAACCGUACCAGGGAGCCAUCCAGGGUCCCGAAGAGUUUGUGGAGGGGAUGGCACUAGGACUGAAGGCAUUAGUUGGUGGAGCUGUUGGUGGAUUAGCUGGUGCUGCCUCCAAAAUCACCAAUGCUAUGGCUAAAGGGGUGGCAGCUAUGACCAUGGAUGAAGACUACCAGCAGAAGAGGAGAGAAGCCAUGAAUAGGCAGCCAGCCGGUCUUAGAGAAGGCAUCACUCGUGGAGGAAAAGGCUUAGUUUCUGGUUUUGUAAGUGGCAUAACAGGAAUUGUUACAAAACCUAUCAAAGGAGCUCAAAAAGAAGGAGCAGCUGGUUUCUUUAAAGGUGUUGGGAAGGGUUUAGUUGGAGCAGUGGCAAGGCCAACUGGAGGCAUCAUAGACAUGGCCAGCAGUACAUUUCAGGGAAUAAAAAGAGCUACAGAGACUUCUGAUGAAGUGGAGAGCCUGCGGCCCCCACGAUUCUUUAAUGAGGAUGGAGUCAUCAGACCUUACAGGUUGAGGGAUGGGACUGGAAACCAGAUGUUACAGGCAUCAAAAAGUUUGAUAUGAAAACAAUUAAUGCAUGACUUUACAAGUGAAAGCCAACCGUAGAUUUUAGUCUUAAAAUUUUCAAACUACGUACAGCUGUUUCAGUAUUUUGAAUACAAAGAAAAGCUUUUGUAUUGGUAAAUUUUUGUAUAGGAUUUUAGUGAAUCUGAUCUUUUUAUAGGAUGUUCUUAGUUCUGUACUGGAUUUGCUAAAUUUGUUGAAAACCAUCAUGCCUUAUGUACCCUCAUAGUUGGUGGUACUUACUUAACCAAUUAAACCAUUUCUGUUUAGGGUACUUCCCUUUGCAUAUCAGGCCACUAGUAGCUUUUACACAGUUCUCAUGUCCAUUUGGACAUGGAUAAGGAAAAAAACCCAUACCACUGCUGUUGGUGAAAUUCUUGGGUUCUUAGACUUUUCUUUUGAAGAUAUUCAACUAGCCUUAACCCUCUUCUUGCCUUAUGCCUGUGUGGUCUGUUUGAAAUCUGUGGGAUCUGAUAAGCAGUUCACAUGAAAGCCAACAUCUUUUAUUAAGGAAAAUCAGAUUUGAAAAAAAAAGCCAUUUGGAGGUAGAAUAUUUUAUUUAAAAUAAUAGCUAUUUUUCUUACUUUGAAAACUGGACUUUUUAAAAUUUGGAUUAUGGUGUAGGUAACGUACCAUAAUAGAUUAUACCAAUUUAAAGUUAUUUCAUUUUUGGUUUAGAUAUGGACUACUAAAUUAAAUCAUUUUUUUGCAAACAGACAAGGAGUCAUUAUGUUAUAUAGACUUGAAAAUAUUUGUAGUAAUAAUAAACAGUGGGGAUAUGGUCCUUCCUUUAUAACCUUGAUAUUUUAAAUAUUGUCAUGUUUAAAAUGAUCAUGGUAAAUAUUUAAAAGUUCAAUAUUUUACCCACUACAUGCAGGAUAUAUAAUUUUGCGUAAAAUGUACUUCCAUCUAAUAUAGUAAAACAUGACCAUUGAGUUAGUGUAUAUUAUUUAGUAAAGCGAUAGUGUGUUUUUAAAUGUUUUUAAAGCAUCCAAAUAAUUGCACAUUGGGACAGAAGUGGUGAUCUAGUGAGAGGUUGUGCUCUAAAAGGCAUUUUGUGCAAUCUCUGUGGUGAUAGUAUAUCAUUCUUUGGUAGAUGGAAAUGGUGCAGAAGUCACCCUUGGUUAAUACAAUUGAAAAAUAUACUUCUACUCAAUUCCAGCUUUCCCUUUUUAGGGAAGGAACCUGUUACUUGUAUUAGUAGCUUAUGUUAACCUAUUACUGACAUUUUACUGGGCUGAAUAGUUACUAGAUCACCUGUUGAAAAAUUAAAAAUAUUUCCUGAGAAACUUUUAAUUAAUUCAGUAAGAAGUAAGGAUGAGUAGUGAGGGGAAUAAUCCUCAUUAUUAGGAAAUAGAUUAUGAUAAAUAAGAAAGCCAUGAGAUACAAAAAUUUCUCUCAGUUGAUAAUUUGAUCUUAGUGACAAGUAAAUUUAUUUUAUACCUACAUUAAUGGUUUGCUGAAGCUUUAAACUUUGGGAUUUAAAAGCCAUGAUCUUUGGCUCUGUGUUUUUAAUGGUACAUAUUAUUUUUAGUAGGCCAGUUUUAGUGUUAACUGCUAAAAGAGCUAUUUAAAUGAUUAAAACCUCACAAUCCUUGUAGCCAUUUUUACUUGUUUUUUAGCAAGAGCAUUAAACACAGUAUUAGCUGGAAUACCUAUAUUCACCAGAGGCCUUAGGAUGUUGUGGUUAGCAUUGUUCUCUUAUAGGUGUGAGAAGCAGGUUGUUGGUUGGUUGUAAUGGUGCUUUUUAAAACAAAACUGUCAUUAGCAAAUAUUUUACAAUACAUGAGUGCCAGUACUCUAGAAAAAAAGCAGAUGAUGUAGAAACAGGAUUUAAAGUCUCAUCUAGAGAGAUUAAAUCUAAGUGAUUUAACAUUGGUGCUUUAGCAAAUGUAUAAUACUUUAAAUGUUUCUCCUUUUAUUUUCUAAUUCUUUUAAAGGAAAAAAAAAGGUACUCUAUGUUCAGUAAAUUAUAUGGGCCUAUAUAUAAUUAAAUACAAAACACACUUUGGUUGUAUGCCUUUGUAUCUAGAAAGGAGUACCGUAUUACAGUGCCUCCAGCUGGGCGAUUCAAGUUUGCUACUAGAGAAAUAGAAUAAUAAUUCUCAUAUAUUCAUGGAAUACCUUACUGGUAUCAUCCAACUAUUUUAUCCAUUGAGUGUACCAGCCAGCGAGGUUUAGUCUUAGGUCUAUUAAGUUAUGGAAUGUUAUAUCUGUAAUUACUGCCCUACUCAGAUCUGAACUCUGCCUUAAGGUUAUUCUGACUCCUUGAACAUUUCAUAAUUUUACAUGUUUUGCAAGCAUUUUGCCAUGCUUAACUAACCUCUGUGCUUCUUUUUUCCUCUACCAUGCUUACAGAAAAUUCAGGUCUACAGGGAGUGGAUUAUGACUCACAGUAGCAGUAGUGAUGAUGAUGAUGAUGAUGAUGAUUAGUCAGAUCUGAAAUGUUAAAUUCAUGUUCUUUGUCAUUUUAUUUGGAAUGUUUCGUUAACAUGUUUUGUAUGACUGCUACCACAACGCCCGUAUGUCCAGUGUUAGGGUAUUAAAAUACUUUUUCCUUUUAAAAUGUUUUUCUACAUGUUUACAGAAAGCAAAGGAAUUACAUAUUUAAGCACAGAAAAAAAUGUAUUCUACAUCCAAAGUAGGGCAUACUAUAUAUUCUGGCAUUUGCUUGUGUAUGUUUUGUAGUUUUGCAAUGCUGAGUUCAUCUUUAAGAUUUAAAAGUUAAAUAUUUUUUUUAAUGUUCACUAGUUUUAUUUUCAAGUACCUGUUUAUUGGCAAAAUACCAUUUUUAAUAUUCUCUGUAAAUUUUCUGGGCUGUAAUAGAAUGCCAUCGUAUAAAAAAGAAUAUUAAUACCCAGUCAGUAUUUUAUAUUUAGCAUUUUAAGAGUGUUUUUGUCAAAUUUCAUUUAAUAAUAAUAAAUUGAUGUAACUUCAAGCAAUAUGAAUUUGUUGUUCUCUUCCAAAACCACAUAGGUUGUACUGCUAUUAUAAGGAACAUUCAUGAUUUGUUAUGGACAUUAGUGACAUAAUUUAUAGUCUUACAAAGAAAAAAGUUCUGUUCUUUGGUUCACUUUUUAUUUCAUUAUAUAUGUAUAUAUACAAUGAACAAAGUUGGUUUUAUAGUCAUUAUAUUUACUUAUUAACCUAAAUAUCCGUAUGCUGUAUCCCUCUUAUAAAAUAUUAAAAGUUAAUUCAGGACAUCAGAAGAAUUUUUAUAGUAAGCAGAAUUAUGUAUGUUUUUUUCUUGGUUGUAUUGGAAAAUAUUAUCAAUGUCUCUGAAAGAUCUAUGAACAGAACUGUUUGUUUUGUGCACUGAAGGGUUUUCUUUAAUUUUCAAUUUAAAUAAAACUAUUCUGUCCUGUUUCACGAGGAAGUUAGAUAUACAAAAAAAAAAAAAAGAAAGAAAGAAAA